CACGCCUCUUUUUUCCAACGUGGACCUAAAACUCCUUAUAGGGGAAGUCCCUCAUUGGUUGAUCAACAACGCACAACAACGUACUGUACUGUACUGAUGAGCUGUACGGUACGACGGGACACCUUUUACAUUUUCUGCAGGAGGAUUGAUCGAAAUGGAAUCAGGUGAGCAUCCAGAGGCAGAAGGCCCGGUUUUUGAGCUGCAAGUGUCCGAAAGUGAUGAAGCCUCAGAAAAAUCGAUGCAGCAAAAGUCUUACGAGGAAGAUUUCCGACCUUUUCGUAAGGGAUUUUUUUUGUAUUUUAGCUACGGCAGCAAUCUACUAAGGGAGAGGCUUCUACUCAAGAAUCCGUCAGCAACAUUCUUAACAAUAGCAAAACUUGAGGAUUAUAAAUUAGUGUUUGGGCAGCAAAGGGCAUGGAAAAGUUCGGCAUGGAAAGGAGGUGUGGCUACCAUUGAGCAUUCACCAGGGGAUCACGUCUGGGGUGUUGUUUGGAAACUUAACAGGCGUCAUCUACAAACACUUGAUCUACAAGAAUCAAAUUAUGAUGGAAUUGAAGUCAAUACCAAAGUGAACACUGGAGAAAUUUUAACGUGUCGAACGUACGUGAUGCAGGACAUGUGUUCCCAUGUUCCACCACACCCAAAUUACUUGGAUGUUAUUAUCAGGGGCGCCGUGCAGAACCAGUUACCCCCGGAGUACAUCACAUUUUUGAAAUCAAUUGAGGACAAUGGCUCUAAGGAAACAACUGAAAUAUAUCUAGAGGUUAUGAACCUGUCUCUUAUACACAUCUAG